AUGGCAUCAAAAAUGACUCGAUAUCAAAGACACCGUAUGGCUGAAAAUUAUUUGGUCAUCUGGGUCGAUGGAAAUAUCGACAUGGCAAAUCCAGAUUGCCAAAAUACAAUGGAACAAUUACGUGCUGUCGUAAACCAAGUCAAGCCAUGCGAGACAGCUGAACAAUGUAUAAAACAGCUCACAGAAAAUCAAGAGGAAAUCUCAUUUGUUAUCUCCUCAGGUGCACUUGGACAACAUUUGGUACCAGAUAUUCAUGAUAUGGCAAAAUUAAAUGCCAUUUUUAUAUUUGGCGGCAAUAAACAACAGCAUGAAGUAUGGGCGCAAAAUUGGCCGAAAAUUAAAGGUGUUCACACCUCAAUCAAACAUAUUUGUGACAAAUUGGCAACAGCAAUCAAACAAUGCAAUCAAGAUCAUAUGUCGGUGAGCAUUAUUAGUGUGAAUGCAGGAGGUUCUAGCAAGAAUCUAGAUCAGCUAGAACCUUCUUUUAUGUAUUCACAAAUAUUCAAGGAAAUACUUCUUGAAAUCGAACAUGAACAACAAGCCGUCCAAGAUUUCGUCACGUACUGUCAACAAGAAUACGAAGACAAUACGAAUGAAAUGAAAAUUAUCAAGGAAUUUCAACGUACUUAUCAAGCAUCCAACGCCAUUUGGUGGUAUACACGCACAUGCUUCACAUACAAAAUGGUCAAUGGCGCAUUAAGAACACUCAAUGGCGACAUUAUGAUCCGAAUGGGUUUUUUCCUGUGUGAUGUACAUCGUCAAAUUGAACAUUUAUACAAACAACAGGUCAGUCAAUACCAUAAUAAGAUUCGUACAGUCUUUCGAGGGCAAGGCCUAUCGAAAGCAGAUUUUGAAAAGCUCGCAGAAAACAAAGGUGGCUUGAUUUCUUUUAACAACUUUUUAUCAACCAGUACAGAUCGAGAUGUUUCUCUCUUUUUCGCCGAAAGUAACCUAGCAGCAACCGAUACAGUGGGUAUUUUUUUUGAAAUCACGAGCGAUCCCACGGUCUCAUCGGCUCCAUUCGCCUCCAUUCGAGAGGAAAGCUACUUCAAGGAUGAAGAGGAAAUUCUCUUCUCCAUGCACACCGUCUUUCGAAUUGGUGAAGUGCGAAAAAUUGACAACAAUCGUGCACUUUAUCAAGUCGACCUUAAACUUACAUCCGAUGAUGAUCCACAACUUCGAGAAUUAACUGAUUACAUACGACAAGAAGUCGCCGGUACCGGAUGGUAUCGAAUGGGUAAAUUGUUACUCAAAAUAGGUCAAUUCGACAAGGCCGAAGAACUAUAUAUGACACUACUAGACCAGGCAUCGAAUGAUAGUCAUAGGGCAUACGUCUAUCACCAUCUUGGAAUCAUGAAACACAGACAAGGACAAUACGAAGAAGCUCUUGAAUUUUACGAACAAUCUCUGCGAAUCUGCCGAAAAACUCUUUCCGAAGAUCAUCCUUCAUUAGCUCCUGUAUACAACAAUAUUGCUCUAGUGCAUAACGCCAUGGGUGACUACUCGAAAGCACUUGAAUUUUACGAAAAACAUCUAGAAAUCACAAAAAAAGCUCUGCCUUCGAAUCAUCCAGAUUUGGCUGCAUCAUACAGCAACAUUGGUCAAGUGUAUAAGAACAUGGGUGACUACCCGAAAGCACUUGAAUUUUACGAAAAAUCACAUCAAAUCUACGAAAAAGCUCUGCCUUCGAAUCAUCCUGAUUUGGCUACUUCAUACGG